AUGGGCGACAUCACAGAUCAGCAUGAGCACACGUCUCCCACCGACGUAGGCGAUUCGCACUCGGUUGGAAAUGGCAAUUCGGCCGGCAACGAGUCUCGCGGUGUCAAGCGUCAACGACCCAGCGCCGACGACGACGACGACGACGACGAGAAGGGCGGUCGCGAGCGACGUAAGAUUGAGAUUAAGUUCAUCAGCGAUAAGUCGCGCAGGCACAUCACCUUCUCGAAGCGAAAGGCCGGCAUCAUGAAGAAGGCUUACGAACUUUCGGUUCUCACGGGAACCCAAGUUCUCCUUCUCGUCGUAUCAGAGACAGGCCUAGUCUACACGUUUACGACACCAAAGCUCCAACCCCUCGUCACGAAAGCCGAGGGCAAGAAUCUCAUCCAGGCUUGCUUAAAUGCCCCCGAGCCCACGCCCGGCAACGAGAAUGGCGUCGACGACACAAAUCAGGUCGACUCGCCCGAAGAGCCCGCUGGGCAGCACCUGCCUCCACAACAGCGACCCAACAUGGCCCCUCAGACUCACAUGCCCCCGGCUACAUGCCAAAUGUUGGAAACGUCGGAAAUGUCGGCCUCGACCCUCAUAUGGCUUACCAAAACUACGUCCGAGGCGGCGGUGGCGGCGCACCCCUUAUGGCAUGCCACCACAGCCGGGCAUGCCCCAACACACAGGCCAUCAAUCGUGAUCAACUCCCCUUUCCCGCGACCUCUUACGUUAUUCGCUGAUACCCUGCACUAA